AGAAGACAUGACGUCACGUAUCUAUGGCGGUUGUCAAGGGACGUUUUAGUUUACGGAAGUGUUUAUCAAGUGGCUGCACUUUGAGGCUUAAAAGUGCUAUUUUCCGACUACAGCUAUCGUUAAAGAGCUUUAUGGUUAGAGAAGAAAAGUUUGCAAUAUUUUGAUAUUAACAGCGGUUUCACGAGCUGCGUUCUGCCGCCUACAGUCGGUUCGACAGUCUGCCUUUUUUGAGUAAAAACUGACCUUAGCAGUGUGAUGCUAGAUGAACAGCAUAACUAGCGAUAACAACAUGGCACAAGUUCCUCCUCCCGGAUCAAUCGUAGUAGCCGACUGGCAUCGAUGUAAAGACAGCAAAGAAUAUUUCAGCAAAAUUCUACACAAGAGGAGACGGAAAAACUUCGGCCUGUUGGAGUCUCCAGUGAUGCCCCCACAUGUAGCUGUGGACACAGUUCAUUAUAAGAUCUUCAUCUCUGGCAAGAGUGGAGUCGGGAAAACUGCUCUUGCUGCACGUCUUGCAGGGAUGAAUCUUCCUACCAUGCACUAUGAAACCACUGGUAUUGAGACGACAGUGGUGUAUUGGCCAGUGAAGUUGGCAGAAAGUGGCCGAGUGCUUUUCUUCCGUCUGCAGCUGUGGGACUGCGGAGAGAACGCCUUACGUAGAUUUGACCAUUUGCUCCCAUCCUGUAAGGAGCAAGUGGAUGCCGUCCUUUUCCUGUUCUCCUUCACUGACAGGACAUCCUUUGAUGAUCUGUCCAAUCAAAUCGCUAAAUGGACCGGGACAUCUGUGGGUCAUGUUGUGAAAUUGGUCGUUGGCACCAAAUUUGACCUUUUCAUGCACUGUGAUGUGGCAGAGAGAGACGUGAGAGAUUUCCAGGAGACGUUCAGCUUACCGGUGCUGCGUGUGGGCGGGGAGGUCAGUGACGGGCUGGGUGAUGUAGCCCCCCUCCUCAACUGCCUGGCAGAGAAUCUGUGGCAUCAGGACUGUGUUACAGCCAGAUCAGCCCACCACCAUUCACAGCAGGAGACGGUGACGCUACUUUAAUACCGAACAUAUUUAGGAGGCAAUUGAGGUGAACUGAACUCCAGGUAAGGUCAUCCCAUGCGUGUCUGCCUUUGAGGGACUGCACUUAGCAACUGAUCUGGGAGAGCCUCAGAUCCCUUAGGAUGAGGCUGCUGUUGAUAAAUGGACUAUUUCAUCUAAUGCUAUAGUCACUGCUGUCAAGAUUGAUUUUUAUUCUGAAGUCUCUUAAAUUCUCCCAUCUCAUGUCAGCAGGGUGAUGGUACAGUAACAAUGAGCCAGAUAUUGUUGAUGAAAUGACUAGUGAAUGCUGUUGGCCAAUAGAGCGGUCAAAUGCAGAAGUUUGUAUUUUUUGUGUCCUUCAUGCCAUUGAGUGCCUGUACUUGAGAACAUAACUAGCAUUUUAAGUUAACUCAUUUAUGUAUUAGACCACGCUGCUCCUCUUUUUUCUUUGUAUCAUCACCGACCUGUUUGGGAUGCUUUUUUGAUGGAUUCCUGUUAAUAUCUCAAAGCACCAACACAGUCAAAACAUUGUUCACUUACAGGUAUUGUGUUAAAUAUUGUGUCAGUAUUUCACAGUGAGAAGAUCAGGGGCUGUUAUCUUGACUUUUUAAACCAUCUUUAUUUAGGUGAUGCAUUUUUGUUGCAUUAGGCUGUUUUGAGAAGGUUAGAAAAUUUUAAAUAGAAAAUAAAGAGCACAUUGCUUAAAAGAGGCUAGUAUUUUAAUACAAGUAAAAUAAUAAAAAAAAAAAAACCCAACCUAUUCCCAAUAAUAAAAAAGUAUCCCCUUA